CACCACCACCACCACAACAACAACAUCGCUCGAGACUUCGUGUCUGAUCUUCCCGCCGCAAACAACACCCUUCCCCAAACCAACACUUAAUACAACACCGCCAAAAUUCCAGGCAUGCGUGAGAUCGUCCACCUCCAAACCGGCCAGUGUGGCAAUCAAAUAGGUGCUGCCUUCUGGCAGACCAUCUCUGGCGAGCAUGGCCUCGACGGCUCCGGCGUGUACAAUGGCACGUCUGAUUUGCAGCUUGAGCGCAUGAACGUGUACUUCAACGAGGCGUCUGGCAACAAGUACGUUCCUCGUGCUGUCCUCGUCGAUCUGGAGCCGGGUACCAUGGACGCUGUCCGUGCUGGCCCAUUCGGUCAGCUCUUCCGUCCAGACAACUUUGUCUUCGGCCAGUCCGGUGCUGGCAACAACUGGGCAAAGGGUCACUACACUGAAGGUGCCGAGCUCGUCGACCAAGUUCUUGACGUUGUCCGCCGCGAGGCUGAGGGCUGUGACUGCCUCCAGGGUUUCCAGAUCACCCACUCCCUCGGUGGUGGUACCGGUGCCGGUAUGGGUACGCUUCUCAUCAGCAAGAUCCGCGAAGAGUUCCCGGACCGCAUGAUGGCCACUUUCUCUGUCAUGCCAUCGCCAAAGGUCUCCGACACCGUCGUCGAGCCAUACAACGCCACACUCUCCGUCCACCAGCUGGUCGAGAACUCUGACGAGACAUUCUGUAUCGACAACGAGGCGCUGUACGACAUCUGCAUGCGCACCCUCAAGCUCAACAACCCUUCAUACGGCGACCUGAACCACCUUGUCUCCGCUGUCAUGUCCGGUGUGACUACUUGUCUGCGUUUCCCAGGUCAGCUCAACAGCGAUCUUCGCAAGCUUGCCGUCAACAUGGUGCCGUUCCCACGUCUCCACUUCUUCAUGGUUGGUUUCGCACCACUCACCAGCCGUGGCGCGCACUCGUUCCGCGCUGUUACCGUGCCAGAGCUCACCCAGCAAAUCUUCGACCCCAAGAACAUGAUGGCUGCCAGCGACUUCCGCAACGGCCGCUACCUCACCUGCUCUGCCAUUUACCGUGGUAAGGUUUCCAUGAAGGAAGUCGAGGACCAGAUCCGCAACGUGCAGAACAAGAACACUGCGUACUUUGUUGAGUGGAUUCCAAACAACGUCCAGACCGCCCUCUGCUCCAUCCCACCACGUGGUCUCAAGAUGUCCUCCACCUUCGUCGGAAACAGCACCUCGAUUCAGGAGCUCUUCAAGCGUGUCGGCGACCAGUUCACUGCCAUGUUCAGGCGCAAGGCCUUCUUGCAUUGGUACACUGGUGAGGGUAUGGACGAGAUGGAGUUCACCGAGGCUGAGUCCAACAUGAACGACUUGGUUUCCGAGUACCAGCAGUACCAGGAGGCCUCUGUUUCCGAGGGCGAGGAUGACUACGAGGAGGAGGUUCCACUGGAAGGCGAGGAGUAGGAUCGUUCGCGUGAAAAGUCCGGGCCGUCCUCGAAGCGUAGUCCAAUACGCCAUGAUUCAAUUGUUGACAGGAACUAGUUGAAGACGAGGUAUGGCAGCGGAGUAUGAUGAAUGAAGCGUUGGCUUGCGAGUGGUUGGCUCUGUUGACAACCACCCCGCGAUUGAAAUCCGAUAUUUUCUCCACUUUGAGGUUUCUCCUUCCAAUUUUCAACAUUGUCAAUGCUCUGUGGGUAUUGGUUUGCAUGGGACAUCCUAUCGUGUCG